AAUAAAAUCACAUCUAUAGUACAAAAGUUAACUCUGAGACCAUAAAUGUAGAACAAUAUCUAGUACAGAUCAUAUUGAAGUUCCUAUAUCCGGGUUAACCAGUCAUUUCUGUCCAUUGUAUUUAUAUUCAAAACCGUCCGGAUUUUUGACCGAUACCUUGUUGUAAAGAGGGAUUAAUCAUAGGGUAUUGGCUUGAUUUCGCUGUGUGUAUAGUUUCCUAUAUAGAGACCUUAUUCUAUCAGUGGACGACGCACAUUGGGUCAAGAUUGAUCAUCAUAAAUUGUGUGUGAAUUUAUACGUAAAAAUCUACCAUGGCAGCUGUUAGUGAAAAGAUUCAGGCGAAAAUUAACGGAAAGAAGGUGAUGGUGUUUUCCAAGUCUUACUGUCCGUACUGCACCAAGGCGAAGAAGGCACUGGGAAAAUACAACCUGUCACCGGACGACUACGAGGUUUGGGAGAUCGAGAAUGAACCUGACUGUGAGGCCAUACAGAAGGAACUCGGUAAAAUAACGGGGGGAUCGUCGGUCCCGCGAGUGUUCAUCAACGGGAAGUUUAUCGGCGGGGGCGACGAGACUGCCGCAGCCGACAGGAAUGGCAAACUGAAGACGAUGCUCGAGGGUUGAUCUCCACGUCUGUGAUAAUAUCUGUGUCAUGCUGCUCUUACUCAUUACGUGUUCGUCGUAAAUUAGACUUUGUAACCUAAAUCAAGUUGUUUUGUUGCCUUUUUUAAUUGACAUUUGUUCAAAUCAAACACAUUUUCAUAAUGUCUACCAGUUUCAUAACCUUCACAUGUACAUGCUGAAAUUCUAUUUUAUAAUAAAUUGUCCAUUUCAUCUUAAUAAACAUUGCAUAAGGUC